AUGUGGAGAGGAGUGGACUUCAAUCCUCCGGAUGAGUACGAACAUGAAGCUCCUGGCUAUGCUGAUGGAUCGAAGAUGGUAACAGUGAAAUUGCGGCAUAGUGGUGGUUUCAUUCUCCAGCGUGGUUACAAAUAUGUAGAGGGUGAGGUUGAGUAUUUUGACGAUGUGAAUUACGAGUUGCUCACAGUUGAAGCUUUAUAUAAGCUAAUUGACAAUACUUGGUAUUGUAGGCCACAUAAAUUGUUCUAUCUUGUGCCAGAUGAUGUGGGCACUCCCAAGUUUACAAGGAUUGAAGAUGAUGAAGAUAUCGAUGGACUAAUUGAGAUGAAGACUCCCCACGGGUUGGUGGAAGUUUUCAGGAUAGCUUCAAUUGAGUUUGAUCCAUUCAUGAAGAGUGUCUGGGUUGAUAAUGAGGUGGAUAGUAAUGAAGAUGAGGAUGAAGAUGAAGACUAUGUUGAUAGUGAAUUUGAGAUGAGUGAAGAUGAUGAAGAUUUUAGGAAAUAUGUCGAUGAAAGGCUGGAAUCGACUACAUGGUACUCAUAUAGAAGUGAAUCAAAGUUUGUACGGCAUGAGGAUGUUGGGGUGGGAACUGGUAGUGGGGAGAAUGAAAGUGAUGAUGAUUGUGGGUCUUGUGAUGAUCUGCACAGCAUAGGUGGAAGUGAUGAAGAUGAUGAUAGUGAAUGCCAUGAACAGAAAGACCUAGUGUUUGACCCGGAGAAAGACAUGGGGAACCCAAAAUUUCAGCUGCAUCAGCAAUUUGCAACCAAGUGGAUUUUAUUGGCAGCUCUAAGACAACAUGGAAUAAAGGACAGGAGAAAGAUCAAUUUUCAGAAAAAUGAUAUGAAGUUUGUCAGAGGAUACUGUGAGAAUUGCAAUUGGGAGGUUUAUGGAGUGAAAGUUGACGAUGAAAAGGAUCCUACAUUUCAAAUUAGGACAGUGAACACCAAGCACACCUGUGGAAGAGUCAACAGCAGUAGAAAUGUGAACUCAGACAUAGUUUCAGAUUGGUAUGUCGCUGAUUUUGCAGAUGACCCUAACAUCAGUGUGAGUCACCUGCAGUUUAGGGUUUUGAAUGAGCAUAGGCUGACUAUUUCUCGGACACAAGCAUGGAAUGCAAAGAGAAAAGCUCUUGAAAAGGUUAGGGGGAAGAUCACAGAACAAUAUGCAGAUUUAGAGUGCUACAUGGAAGAAGUUACAAGGGCUAACCCAGGGACCUCAAUUCAGAGGAAUAAGAAGAAGAGGGACUGGAUCAAUAAAAACUUUGUUGUUAUUGGUCCAAAGAUUUUUAAAAAAUUGGAGACCUACAAGGAUAGAGCCACAGGAUUUAGCUGCGAAUAUGCUGGAAAUGGGAAGUAUGAGCCACUAGUGGAUCCACCUCAGCCAAAAAAGAAAGGCAAGCCUCCGAAGGCUAAAAUAACCACCAACAAUGCCGAACCACAUGUUGGUCAAAAGAGGAGAAUGGGUCCGAAACCAACGCCAAACUGCUUCUGUGUAUAUUGCAAAGUCACAGGACACUUUAUAUCAAUCUGUCCAGCAUUAGAGAAGAGAAGGGAGAAAAAUCAGGCAGCGGAGGCAAGCGGUGAUGUUUUUCCAAGUUUGAUUAUGACAAUGUUGUUGUUGCAGCUGCAGGAAAUAAGAGAUGCAGAAGCAAACAUGGCUGCUGGAAGGCCACAUGAUGAAAUACCGCCACUUUGCGAGUGUUGUGAUCAAUAUGGCCACACAGCCGACACAUGCGAAGUUAUGGAUUUUUGUAAUUGGAUGCAAGAUAACAACAUGGACACGGAGGGUGGUGGUGCUGGCCAAACUAUUGGACCAGAAAACAGUGAACCAGUAAAUGACACAACUACAGAUGAUGUCAUUUUGCUUGACGAGGCUGUUAAAAGUUCUGAGCGAUCUGCAUCUGUUACGAAACUGUGGCGAAUGGGACAUGCAACUGGUGCGGGUGAUUUGGGUCAUCACCAAACGGGACAAACUGCAGCUGUUACUGCACAGGUCAUAGUCUCAUCUGAGGAACCAGGUGUGUCUCACGCAAUGAAUAAGAAAAAAAAGGCAAACAAAAACGUUUGUGCUCCCAUUGAGAGAAGGUGCAGUGCCAGGCUGAAAGCUGCCCAUGCUUUCAAGAAAAAGAAUGAUGGACUUGGAGAGACUGCGGCUGAGCCCGUCGUGUUGGAUGACGAGUGCCCAAAACAAACAAAGAAGCCAAAAUCUACCAAAGCCUAA